AUGAUGAUGACGUGCCGUCUGCUGUGCGCCCUGUUGUUGCUUGCCCUGUGCUGCUGCUGCCCGUCCGUGCACGCGGGAGACACUCAGGAGCCCUCUGAAGGCCAAGGUACUGCAAAAGACCCCAAUUUGUCGCCUACCUCAGCUGAAUCUAGGGCGACUGCACCUAAUGGAAACGUCGCCGGUCCAGCGCCCUCUCAAACAGGAGGACUACCAGUGGACGGUCAGGCUGCUGAUGAUUCAGCCAAUGAGCCGGCUGCGGACAAAAUUGAGCCAGAGGCACCAGGUUUGGUCGUUCCGGGACCAAAAGUAAAUAACGUGUCAAAUACAUCACUGACAGAGAAUGCGAAGGGUAAUAAAGGAUCUGAAAUUGGCACCGGUGCACCUGCGGACAAAGAAGUUAAUAACGCCGAAGCUUCUUUCGAGACGACCACGACGGCCACAACAAAAUCACCAACCACGACGACCACCACGACGACCACAACACAGGCACCAAGUACUACGACUACAGAGGCGCCAGCUGUGUCGACCACCCGCGCACCGUCACGUCUGCGCGAAAUCGACGGCAGCCUCAGCAGCUCUGCGUGGGUGUGUGCCCCGCUGGUGCUUGCCGCAUCCGCGCUGGCGUACACCGCUCUGGGCUGA